CUUUCUCAAUUAUAAUCAUUAGUUUGUUCUCCAUUGUAGCCUUUGUUCCUAGCUUCAGAAAAUUUGCUUUGGUAAAAAAAGAAGCCCAAAUUUGUCUCUCGUGUAUCCUAAUUUUUGAAUCCCUACGAAUUUGAGGUAUAACAAAAUGUCUGGAAGGAAUCGAAUGCCACGAGGCCCACGUGAGGGCCCAAUACACCGGGCCCACGGGCCCCUCGCUCCUCACCCUGCUGCACUUGAAGAAGAACUUGAACUCCAACAUCGAGACAUCCAAAGAAUCAUGGCUGAAAAUGGACAUGUAGUAGAAGAAAAUGUGAGUCUUCAAAGGGAAUUAACUGCUGUGAAAGAUGAGAUUCAUAGAUUAGGUCAAAUCAUCCCCAAAUUAAAUGCUGAAAAAGAUGCAAGAGCCAGGGAUUUAAUUGACAGAGGAAUGAAACUUGAAGCUGAGCUUCGUGAUGCUGAGCCUUUAAUGGCAGAUGUGGGACAAUUAAGAAGUGAAUUCCAGAAAUUGACUUCAUUGAGGCAAGAUUUGUCUAGUCAAAUUCAAGGUUUGACCAAAGAUACAAGUAGAUUGAAGGCUGAAAAUGAACAGGUGGUUGGACUUAAGAGUGAUAUUGAUAGGAUGCGUAAAGACCUUGUGGAUAUGAGGAGAGAUUAUGAAAUGAUGAAGCAAAACAAAUGA